CGGGCGGACGGACGCCGCCGCUUCGCUCUCGCCUCGGCCGCUCGUCCCUCUCCCCUCCCCCUCUCUCCUCCCCCAGCCCAGGCGCUUCCCCUCCCCCGGCGCCCUAUGGCGAGAGGGAGCCCCCUGCCCAGCCCGGCAGGAGGAGCGGCACCGGCGGCCUUGGGCCGGGGGGCGCCAUGGGCCUGAGCCGGUGACGGGCACGGACCGUUGGCCCCCGCGCGCCGGGCAGGAUGAGGCGGUAGCGGAGCCCCGGAUGCCCCCCGUCGCCAGCGUGAAGCCUACUGCUCUGCCGGGGAGGAGGAGGAGGAGGUGGAGGAGGAGGAGACGGAGGAGAGGAAGGUAGCUGUGUAAAGUUGGGUGGCAGGCAGAUCCAGAGGAUAUCAUGAAGUUUCCAGGCCCCUUGGAAAACCAGAGAUUAUCUUUCCUUCUGGAGAUGGCGAUCUCUAGGGAAGCCCAGAUGUGGAAAGUUAAUGUGCUCAAAAUAGCUACCAAUCAGAGCGUUUCUCCGGCCCAGAGGGAUGCGGUUGUCCGGUGGCUGGCCAAGCUUAAGCACCAGUUCAACCUUUACCCAGAGACGCUGGCCUUGGCGAGUAGUCUUUUGGACAGAUUCUUAGCUACUGUCAAGGAAAAAAACACGAGUGCAUCCUGUCACACAGUAUUGUGGAAUGUGGACUGGGCGCUCCUCCUUAUAUGUGAUCUCUACAUUCUGACUUUUGCCCUCAUGGAUUGUAAGCUCUUUGCCCGUCCAAAAUACUUAAAUUGUAUUGCAAUCAGCUGUUUCUUCCUAGCUGCCAAGACCAUUGAGGAGGAUGAGAGAAUCCCAGUGCUGAAGGUGUUGGCCAGAGAUAGUUUCUGUGGAUGUUCUUCAUCUGAAAUCCUGAGAAUGGAGAGAAUCAUUCUGGAUAAGCUGAAUUGGGAUCUUCACACAGCUACUCCAUUGGAUUUCCUUCAUAUUUUCCACGCAAUUGCAGUGUCAACCAGGCCCCAGUUACUGUUUGGCUUGCCGAAACCGAGCCCGUCUCAGCACUUGGCGCUCCUCACGAAGCAGCUCCUCCAGUGUAUGGCCUGCAGCCAGCUUCUCCCAUUCAAGGGGUCCAUGCUAGCCCUAGCCAUGGUCAGUUUGGAGAUGGAGAAGCUCAUUCCUGACUGGCUGGCUCUUACCAUUGAGCUGCUCCAGAAGGCACAGAUGGACAGUGCCCAGCUGAUCCACUGUCGGGAGCUUGUGGCACAGCAGCUGUCUCUUCUCCAGUCUUCCCUGCCUCUCAAUUCCGUAUACGUCUACCAUCCUCUCAAGCACAACCUGGCCGCCUGGGACCCCUCCUCUGCCCCAGGCCCAGACUUCUCCAAGGACAACAGCAAACCAGAAGUGCCAGUCAGAGGUACAGCCGUCUUCUCCCAACACCUGCUCGCUCCCACUGGAUGCAAGCACGCCUCUGCUAAACGCAAGGUGGAAGAAAUGGAAGUAGACGAUUUCUAUGAUGGAAUCAAGCGUCUCUACAAUGAAGAUAAUGCUUCAGAAAAUGUGGGCUCUGUGUGCAGCACUGAUUUAUCAAGGCAAGAGGGACAUGCUUCCCCUUGUCCACCUUUGCAGCCUGUUUCUGUCAUAUAGUAACAGUAAGUAUUACCUCUAAGUAAACUGAGGAAAGCUACUCUGGGAAUAGAAACAUGCAAAACCAAGCAAAGAUGUAUAAGGGGCAUACCUUAUCAGGCUGAACUGAAGUGAGCCAGAAAAACCUUGUUUUCCUAUGCGGCUAAUUCACCUAUUAUUUAAGCACUUAAAACAUUUAAAAAGUAUAAAAAAUUAUAAAAGACCCAAAAAAUCAAACAAAAAAAAAGUAGCAAAAAGUUUCUUUCUAGUUCCAGUUCUCUGCUCAAAUUUAAUGUAACCUGUCGUCCAUGUCAGAGUUCAUAUCUGGUAUUGAGAAUUCGAAGUUUCUUAGCCAGAUGGAACCCCGUCUAACAAUCUGAUUUCCAUUCUUUCUCGCUUCAGCCUGCUCUUUCCUUUAACUUAGCCUUGUGCGUGUUGUUUUGUCCUUCGGCCUCCAGUCAAGAGACCACACCAGAAAAUUGUUUCAUUAGCACUUUGGCGUUCAGAGUUGUUGAAGUGUGAUGGAUGACCUGGACUCAGGCUUUAACUAAUCUGAAAAAAGGGCUUCCAAACCUGCACGUGUGCUAGAAGUGCUAGACAAGGUACACAGAAGUGACCACAGUGAUUAGGGUUUAAUACGGACAUAAAAAUGUUGGAUCGCUUGGAUCUCUUGACAUUGGAAACUAAAUUAUUGUGUAAAAAUUGUUUUUAAAAUCUUAAAGUGAAACUUAAGAGUAAAAUGUGAUUAGGGCAGUCUUAAUUUAGAUUUCUAAAAGUCACUUUUAGGAUUUGUAAAAAAAAAAAGUGUGAUAAAGUUAUUAAUAUUUUGGGGGUGCAUCAGAUAAACUGCUGUCUUAUAACCAAUCAUACUUUUCACUUGAUUAUAAUCAGUAAGGGAUACUGCUUGUCUAGAUGUUGGAGCAGUUGUACGAUUUUGAAUCUUGAAUGUGUUUAUUAUCAACUUCAGUACCUAAAGUUUUAUGUUGUUUGAACUAAGAAAAUCCUGAUAGCUUUUUCCCUUCCUAUGUAUUAUCUCUUAAUGACCCCUCCUGAAUCUUGAGCUCUCUCCACAGUCUGAAGAAGGUAUUGCACUCAGAACCAUUGUGCUGAUGAAAGCCUUCUGGUAGCAAUAAAAAAGUUGUCCUUGC